UCACCUUGGUCCCAAAGAGUAAAAGAGAGGAGAGAGAAGCGUGAGUUUAUAAACCCUCCCGAUCACUCGGUUUCACUGUCGUUUCAAUCUUCGAGCGUGUUCUUCAGAAUUCCGGCAAUGCUAGUGGCCAGAGUUGAGUCGCAGGAGGUGGAUCCCGAUGUCUGGAAGGCCUGCGCCGGCGUCGGAAUAACUGUUCCCGAAGUGGGUUCGAAGGUUUACUACUUCCCCCAAGGCCACGCCGAGCAUUGUCACUCUCCCGUCACCUUCAUCUCACCUCUUGUCUUUUCCCGUCCGGUCAUCACCUGUCGCGUCGACUGCGUCUUCAAAUUCGCCAGUUGCUUAACGGACGAAGUCUAUGUUACAUACCAGUUAACUCCGAUCGCACCGACAGGUGGAAUUCACCUGCCGGAGGAGCGUCCAGAUGGCGGCGGCGAGGAGGAGGAGGAGGUGGUGUGGUUCGGGAAGGUACUGACGAUUUCCGACACGAACAUCGGGGGAGUUUUUUCAGUGCCGAGAUUUUGCGCCGAGUCGAUAUUCCCGCCGGUGGACUCCUCGGAGAACCCGCCAGUGCAGACGCUCGCAAUCAAGGACGUGCACAACGUGGUUUGGGAAUUUCGGCACAUCUAUCGGGGCAUGCCACGUCGGCAUUUGCUGACGACUGGCUGGAGCAAGUUCGUGAACAAGAAAAGGUUGACUUAUGGCGACACCGUGCUGUUCAUGAAGAAGCCGACGACGGGGGAGCUUUUCGUCGGGGUGAAGAGGUUGUCGCGGCGAGAAGGUCCCGGCGCCGGAUGGGAAUGGAAUUCUCCUGCGGGGCCGGUGACGGUGUGCUCCAGGAGGGGAGGGACAGGUCGACUGUCGGUGGAGUCGGUGGCGGAAGCGGCCGAGUUGGCGGCGAAAGGGAUGCCGUUUCAGGUGGUUUACUUUCCGAGGGUGGGGUCGUUGGCGUUUGUGGUGGAGGCAGAGAAAGUGGAGAAGUCGCUGACUAUGUUCUGGGCCGCCGGGGUAAGGAUUCAGAUGCCGGUGGAGCAUGAGGAUUGUUCGAAGGUUACAUGGUUUCAGGGAACUGUUUCGAAGCCCUACGUCUCAGAGGCUGGUCCAUGGUUCCCCUCUCCAUGGCGGAUGCUGCAGGUCACAUGGGAUCGAUCUGGUGUUCUACAAAAUGUGAGAGUGAAUCCAUGGGAAGUUAAGCUUGUUCCCCCCAAACCAUCUCUCGAAUACUCCACACCCCGUCCUGCCCGUAAGAAGUUAAGAAGUAUCGCAGCUGAAAAUCCCUUUUCUCCUGGCUCCGGAUCGAGUUCGAGCUCUAGGGCAGGGAACUUGAACACAUCAAUGAUAUUGAAUCAAGCUGAGUCUGCCUCUUCUGGCCUGCGGGGAGCCAAGUUUGACUCCCCAGCAGCGAAUGAAAAUAUCCAUCAGAUGUGCAGUGCCGAAAGCUUUGCCAACUGCAUCAUGGCACCAGAGUCGAAUGCGUUUUCUGUUAAUCUGAUCGUCGCUAGCCCACAACAGUGUGACAGUUUGUCACCCAAUAUCCAGAGCAGGGUGCAUGCAGUUGGAAAUGAGCUAGUUGGAAAACAAGGCGAUUUUGCUUUGUUCCAGUUGUUUGGUAAGAUAAUUUACACCAAAGAUCCUGUGGAGAGUGGCUCAAUUGGUGUUGGUUGUGCACAAGAUGAUGGUAGUCAAAUGUUCAAAGAAACUGAAAGUAAGCCAAAAUCAUUCGAGCUUUCUUCGACUUCCCCUUGCACAGAACAACUUGAUGAGAAAGCCCAGUAAGCCUCAGGUGGUGAAGAGAAGCUGGCUUAAUCUGAAUCCUACAACAGUUGCUAAAACCUUGUAAUUUUCUUUUUGUUUGCUGGGUUUCGAGAUUGGGAACAACUAAUUGUAUUCUAAUCAUGAGAAUAUAUAUAUAUAUAUAGCAACUUUUAGAAGAUGUCUCUCUGAUUGGACAGAGACUAUUCGGGAAUGAAUUGGUGGAAAGAGUUGUAGCUGGUUUGCUUGAAGAUGUGCAGGCUUCAUGUUUCAUCUUUCCUUAAAUGGUAUCAAAGUCUUGUUUCUUCUAGCAUUGAGCAUGGCAGCUGUUGUUAUACAACAAAACAAAAUUUUUGGAUUGGAAU